CAAACACAGAGAAAAACUCCUGCUGAAGCGACUGAUCUCCACACUGUUAUAAAGAUGGCGUUUAUUAAAGAGGAGAGUGAAGAUGUGAAGAUUGAAGAAACAUUCACAGUCAAACAGGAAGAUCUGCAGGAACAAACAGACCGGAUGGUGCUGAAGGAAGAGACACAUGGACAGAAUGAAAUAGAUGAGAAAUGGCAGUUUGAGAAACCACAAGAACUAACGACUGAUGAAAAACCCACACUGACUAAAAAGACUUCAUCACACGGAAGACCUCGGAAAUCCAAAUCUGGGUGUAAUUUUAGCUGUAAACUGUGUAGUAAGAGUUUCAGUCAAAAGUCAAACCUUGAUGUUCACAUGAGAGUUCACACAGGGGAGAAACCUUACACCUGCGAACAGUGUGGACAGAGUUUUAGUCAAAAACAAUGCUUAAAAACUCACAUGAGAAUUCACACUGGAGAGAAGCCUUUCAGCUGUAAGCAGUGUGGAAAGAGUUUUAGUCAAAAGCCAAACCUUGAUAUUCACAUGAGAGUUCACACAGGGGAGAAACCUUACACCUGCGAACAGUGUGGAAAGAGUUUUAGUCAAAAACAAAGCUUUAAAUCCCACAUGAGAAUUCACACUGGAGAGAGGCCGUACACAUGCCAACAGUGUGGAAAAAGCUUCCGCCAUGCAAGAAACUUGGAAGUGCACAUGAGAAUUCACACUGGAGAGAAGCCUUUCAGCUGUAAACAGUGUAGAAAGAGUUUAAGUAAAAAGCUGAACCUGAUUGCUCACAUGAGAGUUCACACUAGGGAGAAACCUUACACCUGCGAACAGUGUGGAAAAGAAUUUAGGUAAAAAACAAGACCUUUACAUCCACAUGAGUAUUUACACUGGAGAGAAACCUUACAUAUGCACAGAGUGUGGUAAAAGUUUCCCACAUAAAAACACACUCAAUCACCACAUGAGAACUCACACCGGAGAGAAGCCGUUUGCAUGUGCUCAGUGUGGAAAGAGCUUCACAACCAAAUUUAGCCUCAAGAACCACAUGAAUGGUCACACUGGAACCAUAGUGUUCACAUGUGAUCAGUGUGGAAAGAGUCUCACACGGAAAGACACCAUUAAGCAACACAUGAAGAUUCACUCAAGAAAGGAUCGUUUUAGAUGCAGUGAGUGUGGAAAGGGCUUUAACUGUAAAAGAAUCCUCAACACUCACCUAAAGCUUCACAAUGGAGAGCAGAGUCCUCAACAUUGAGGCCUUGUCCACACAAACACGGGUAUAUUCAAAACGGCAGCUUUUUCAUGUAGUUUGGCUGUUUAUUCAAGUGAAGUUUAUUUAUAAACUACUUUCGAGAGGAUCACAUGCUUAGCUAAAACAUGAUUCACAAAUUAGAUCAUCCUUUGUUAUAAAGUAGUGUCUCACAGUUAGUUACUUGAAGACAGACAAGUUAACAUCACUGCUGAGGAACUGCACUAUUCAUUGUCUUCAAUAAAGUCUUCACCCCGUAA